CCGGCGCCGGGGCCGGUGUUGUGUAAUUCUCCCAGCAGCCCCACCUUGCUUCUCCUGGGCGGGGAAGGAGGCGGUCUCGUGGGGUCCCAGAGGCUGCGUCCCGCCCCCGAGCGGCGCGCAGGCGCGGACCAGCCGCACGUAUUCUACGUAACGGAUGGCGGAGGCUACGCGAAGAGUGGCGCGGUGUUAGUGAGCUACCUUGUCUGCCUGUGUCCUAGAGGCGUCGGGGGCUGUGAAGUCGAGGUGACCCUGCAGGCGGUGGCCAAGCCGAGAGGCAGGCAGGGUAGAAGCAGGGACGCUGGGCCAGGCUAGCCCUCGGUACAGGUGCAAUGAAAGCCCUCCACGCUUUCUGUGUUGUCCUUUUGAUAUUUGGGAGUUUCUCUGAAGCAAAGUUUGAUGAUUUCGAGGAUGAGGAAGACAUAGUAGAGUAUGAUGAUAACGACUUUGCUGAAUUCGAGGACGUCCCAGAAGAUUCUGUCACUGAAUCUCCUCAGCGGGUGAUAACCACUGAGGAUGAUGAAGAUGAGACGACUGUGGAGUUGGAAGGGCAGGAUGAAAACCAAGAAGGGGAUUUUGAGGAUGCAGAUACCCAGGAGGGAGAUACCGAGAGUGAACCAUACGAUGAUGAAGAAUUUGAAGGUUAUGAAGACAAACCAGAUACUUCUUCUAGCAAAAGUAAAGACCCAAUAACAAUUGUCGAUGUUCCCGCACACCUCCAGAACAGCUGGGAGAGUUACUAUCUAGAAAUUUUGAUGGUGACUGGCCCUGCCUACAUCAUGAAUUAUAUCAUCGGGAAGAAUAAAAACAGUCGCCUUGCUCAGGCCUGGUUUAACACUCACAGGGAGCUUCUGGAGAGCAACUUUACCUUAGUAGGGGAUGAUGGAACUAACAAAGAAGCCACGAGCACAGGAAAGCUGAACCAGGAGAAUGAGCACAUUUACAACCUGUGGUGUUCUGGCCGAGUGUGCUGUGAGGGGAUGCUUAUCCAGCUGAGGUUUCUCAAGAGACAAGACUUACUGAAUGUCCUGGCCCGGAUGAUGAGACCAGUGAGUGAUCAAGUGCAAAUAAAAGUAACCAUGAAUGAUGAAGACAUGGAUACCUAUGUGUUUGCUGUUGGUACUCGGAAAGCCUUGGUGCGACUGCAGAAGGAGAUGCAGGAUCUGAGUGAGUUUUGCAGUGACAAACCUAAGUCUGGAGCCAAGUAUGGACUGCCUGACUCCUUGGCUAUCCUGUCAGAGAUGGGAGAAGUCACAGAGGGCAUGAUGGAUACAAAGAUGGUUCACUUUCUUACACACUAUGCUGACAAGAUUGAAUCUGUUCAUUUUUCAGACCAGUUCUCUGGUCCAAAAAUUAUGCAAGAGGAAGGUCAGCCUUUAAAGCUACCUGACACUAAGAGGACACUAUUGUUUACAUUUAAUGUGCCUGGCUCAGGUAACACUUACCCAAAGGAUAUGGAGGCUUUACUACCCCUGAUGAACAUGGUGAUUUAUUCUAUUGAUAAAGCCAAAAAGUUCCGACUCAACAGAGAAGGCAAGCAAAAAGCAGACAAGAACCGGGCUCGAGUAGAGGAGAAUUUCUUGAAGCUGACGCAUGUGCAGAGACAGGAAGCUGCGCAGUCUCGACGUGAAGAGAAGAAAAGGGCAGAAAAGGAACGAAUCAUGAAUGAGGAAGAUCCUGAGAAACAGCGCAGGCUGGAGGAAGCUGCCUUGAGACGUGAGCAAAAGAAAUUGGAGAAGAAGCAAAUGAAAAUGAAACAAAUCAAAGUGAAAGCCAUGUGAAGUUAUCCCAGAGAUCUGAGUCCUGAUACAACCUGUAAGCUCUGAAUUCACAGAAAACAAAAACUACCAGUUCAUUUCUCAUCUUAAAAUUUCCCAGUGACUGAGGAAUCUGUAUUGCAUCAUCCAUUCUGUUUUUGGUUUGGAGUUUUACAAAGGUUAUGGAUAUAUUGAAAGACUGUUUCAGUCAUUUUCUUGCAGAUAAUCAAAUCGUUUUGAUUAUUUUAUAAAACAAAUGAUAUAUAUUAAAUCUGUAGUUUUAAAACAUUUUAAAAAAUUAUAACAUGAAUUAUCAGUACUUUUAGUGCUUUGAUGUUUGAAGAAAUAUCAUGAAAUUUAUAGGUAUAUAAAUAGAUUGUUGCUUUUUGUUUAAACUAGGCAGCUGAAAUGGCUGUGAAGAUUGACUCUAAACCAAGAUUCCACAAAUAACUAUUGGAAUUGCACAAUAAACAUUGUUUUGUGUUUUC